AUGAAGUGUUAUAAUUGUCAAAGGUUUGAGCAUUUUUCGAGAGAAUGUUGCUCAAAACGCAAGGAAAAUGAUGCGGAUGAGGCUAAGGUAGCUAGGCAAGAAACGGAUGAUGAAAAUACGCUUCUUGUGGUGAUUACGGAGGAGAAUAAUGGCAUGGACAACAGUAGAAAGUUGUUGGACAACAACUACUGCAGUACCAAAAAAGUGCAGAAAACGCGUUCGGAGAAAAACGCAUUGGUAACAAUUCGAGAUGGAGUUCAAGGUAGUGAUGAGUGGUACUUGGAUUCUGGUUGUUCGACUCAUAUGACUGGUAGAAAGGAUUGGUUCGUGAAGAUCAAUCAAGCCACACGAAGUAGAGUGAGAUUUGCAGAUAACACGACUUUAGCGGCUGACGGUGUCGGUGAUGUUUUGAUCAUGAGAAGGGAUGGUGGUCAUUCCUUGAUCAAAGAUGUAUUGUAUAUUCCUGAAAUCAAAUGUAAUCUUUUAAGUAUUGGCCAAUUGCUUGAAAGGAAUUACACGAUUCGCAUGGAAAAUAAGGUUUUGUGUGUUUUGGACCAAAACGGUGUUUUGAUCCUUAAGGCUCCUAUGGCUGCCAAUAGAACUUUCAAGAUUGAGUUGAAAGUUAUGGAGCAUAGGUGCUUAGCUACUGCUGCAAGUCGUGAAGAAUGGUUAUGA